AUGGUAUGCCCGACUAUUCAUAAAACUCAUCAAGAUAGAGUACAAGCUGUGAGAGACAAGCAUCGUCGACACUAUCUAAAGUGUCGAGAGGUUAUACUGGCAAAGCGGCAUCAGGUACGCCAAGAAAAAAAAGCCUGUCAAGUCAACGAUCUUUCAGAUGAUGAAGACGAACCGAUCGAAACUUUACAAGACUGCAUUGCCAUGGUCAAGUAUGCCAAGGACGACUUCAUGACGCAUAUCAAAGCCCCACGAAGAUUCUUCGACCUCCUCGUGGAUGAGUACUCCAAGACCAUGCCUGACCCCGAGCUAUAUCCUACCGGGAGCAGAGACAGAUCUGUCUUCGAACGCGCUAUUACAAACUUUGAAGACUUUCUUGACAGAGCCAACCGUGGGCUGGAUGGUAUCCUUCAGAUGUGCGGUGUCUGUAACAAGUGGCGUGCUGCAGAAGGCAUCUGCAAGUUCAUGAGGGAAAUGAUAGGAAUGGUGGAAGACAUCUUGUUGCGUCUGGCGGAAGGCGGAGAUGGUGAAUUAGCGGCUGCCUUCAUAGAAGGUGAGUUGUGGUACCAGGAGUACAAGUUCCCCAUCUAG